UGUUUGGAAUUUGCUUUCAUAUAACAAGUAAAAUAUACGUUAUUUUGCAUUUAUUAUUAAGAGUUUAUAGUGGCUGGCGGUGUUUUGUUGUUAAUAUCUUAGUUUCUCCAGAUCUUUUUUUGUGUGUGUUUAUCUACGGUUCGUUUAAAGUUCGGGUUUAACAUCAGGUAGUCAAAGUGUUAAAAGGCUUGAAGUGUCCAGAAGAGUCAGUUUCAGAGUGAUGGAGGCUCCUCCGGUCACUGCGAUGCCCGUCACGGGUGGAGCCAUUAAUAUGAUGGAGUAUCUUCUGCAAGGCAGUGUACUGGAUCAGUCUAUGGAGAGUCUCCUACAUCGACUCAGAGGUCUGUGUGAUAACAUGGAGCCUGAGAGCUUUGCUGAUCAUGAGCUGGUGUAUCUCCUGAAGGGUCAACAGGGCAACCCAUUCAUGCUCCGUGCGCGCCGCUCGCUUCUUCACCCCACUGCCCCUUGGCAUCUGCGCUAUCUAGGUCAGCCUGAGGUGGGCGACAAAAGCCGUCAUGCCUUGGUGCGCAACUGUGUGGAUGUGGCUGCCUCGCACAGCUUACCGGAGUUUCUCAACGAGAUGGGUUUCCGCAUGGACCAUGAGUUUGUGGCCAAGGGUCAAAUGUUCCGGAAGGGUGCUAUGAAGGUGGUAGUGAGCAAAUUGUUACGUGUCCUGGCGACAGGAAACACGGAGAACACAGAGCCACUGUCUCUGUCGUAUCUUGUUGAGCUGAGUGUACUGGCUCCUGCGGGACAGGACACUGUGUCUGAGGACAUGAGAAGCUUCGCAGAGCAGCUGAAACCUCUGGUGCACCUAGAGAAAAUUGACCCUAAAAGACUUAUGUAGUGUGACUUCAUUUGAGAGUUUUGCUUGUGUUAUUAUGAUGAUGGGUAUUUUAUGGUAAUUGAAUUAUAAACAUUCAAAACAUGCAUUUUUAGCAACUAAAUAAAACUAAAAUAACUGAAUGAUAAAAAAAGUGACAAA